AUGCUGAAUGUAUUGACGUUCGUACAAUUUAAAUUAAUAGAAGGUUCAAAUAAAUUAGAACAAACAAGCAAUAAUAAACCAGUUGUAACUGAUAUAUCAAUUGUCAAUACCGAUGAAGGUCAAGCAAGCAGAAUCGAGGAGGCAGGCAGUUACAAGCUCAAGAUAGAAACAGGAUCUGCAGCAGCCAUCAAAAAAGUAUACUACAUUUUCACCGAUAAUAACCAAGCUGCUCUUGGAGAUCAAGAUAUUGAUGGUAAUAAUGAUAAAAUUAAGAAAUUCACAGAAGACCAAAUUACACGCAAGGAAGGAUACAUCACAGUAGAUGUUAGUGGUGUAAGUGGCGCUACAAGACAUUUACAUGUCGUCAUAGCAACUACUCAAACAGUAGAUCAAGUGACCACAGAUUUAAGAUCUGAUGAAUUCAAAAAGGAAAUCAAAAUUUAUCCAAAAAUCAGCGGUGCUUCAAUUGUCAAUACCGAUGAAGGUCAAGCAAGCAGAAUCGAGGAGGCAGGCAGUUACAAGCUCAAGAUAGAAACAGGAUCUGCAGCAGCCAUCAAAAAAGUAUACUACAUUUUCACCGAUAAUGACCAAGCUGCUCUUGGAGAUCAAGAUAUUGAUGGUAAUAAUGAUAAAAUUAAGAAAUUCACAGAAGACCAAAUUACACGCAAGGAAGGAUACAUCACAGUAGAUGUUAGUGGUGUAAGUGGCGCUACAAGACAUUUACAUGUCGUCAUAGCAACUACUCAAACAGUAGAUCAAGUGACCACAGAUUUAAGAUCUGAUGAAUUCAAAAAGGAAAUCAAAAUUUAUCCAAAAAUCAGCGGUGCUUCAAUUGUCAAUACCGAUGAAGGUCAAGCAAGCAGAAUCGAGGAGGCAGGCAGUUACAAGCUCAAGAUAGAAACAGGAUCUGCAGCAGCCAUCAAAAAAGUAUACUACAUUUUCACCGAUAAUAACCAAGCUGCUCUUGGAGAUCAAGAUAUUGAUGGUAAUAAUGAUAAAAUUAAGAAAUUCACAGAAGACCAAAUUACACGCAAGGAAGGAUACAUCACAGUAGAUGUUAGUGGUGUAAGUGGCGCUACAAGACAUUUACAUGUCGUCAUAGCAACUACUCAAACAGUAGAUCAAGUGACCACAGAUUUAAGAUCUGAUGAAUUCAAAAAGGAAAUCAAAAUUUAUCCAAAAAUCAGCGGUGCUUCAAUUGUCAAUACCGAUGAAGGUCAAGCAAGCAGAAUCGAGGAGGCAGGCAGUUACAAGCUCAAGAUAGAAACAGGAUCUGCAGCAGCCAUCAAAAAAGUAUACUACAUUUUCACCGAUAAUGACCAAGCUGCUCUUGGAGAUCAAGAUAUUGAUGGUAAUAAUGAUAAAAUUAAGAAAUUCACAGAAGACCAAAUUACACGCAAGGAAGGAUACAUCACAGUAGAUGUUAGUGGUGUAAGUGGCGCUACAAGACAUUUACAUGUCGUCAUAGCAACUACUCAAACAGUAGAUCAAGUGACCACAGAUUUAAGAUCUGAUGAAUUCAAAAAGGAAAUCAAAAUUUAUCCAAAAAUCAGCGGUGCUUCAAUUGUCAAUACCGAUGAAGGUCAAGCAAGCAGAAUCGAGGAGGCAGGCAGUUACAAGCUCAAGAUAGAAACAGGAUCUGCAGCAGCCAUCAAAAAAGUAUACUACAUUUUCACCGAUAAUGACCAAGCUGCUCUUGGAGAUCAAGAUAUUGAUGGUAAUAAUGAUAAAAUUAAGAAAUUCACAGAAGACCAAAUUACACGCAAGGAAGGAUACAUCACAGUAGAUGUUAGUGGUGUAAGUGGCGCUACAAGACAUUUACAUGUCGUCAUAGCAACUACUCAAACAGUAGAUCAAGUGACCACAGAUUUAAGAUCUGAUGAAUUCAAAAAGGAAAUCAAAAUUUAUCCAAAAAUCAGCGGUGCUUCAAUUGUCAAUACCGAUGAAGGUCAAGCAAGCAGAAUCGAGGAGGCAGGCAGUUACAAGCUCAAGAUAGAAACAGGAUCUGCAGCAGCCAUCAAAAAAGUAUACUACAUUUUCACCGAUAAUGACCAAGCUGCUCUUGGAGAUCAAGAUAUUGAUGGUAAUAAUGAUAAAAUUAAGAAAUUCACAGAAGACCAAAUUACACGCAAGGAAGGAUACAUCACAGUAGAUGUUAGUGGUGUAAGUGGCGCUACAAGACAUUUACAUGUCGUCAUAGCAACUACUCAAACAGUAGAUCAAGUGACCACAGAUUUAAGAUCUGAUGAAUUCAAAAAGGAAAUCAAAAUUUAUCCAAAAAUCAGCGGUGCUUCAAUUGUCAAUACCGAUGAAGGUCAAGCAAGCAGAAUCGAGGAGGCAGGCAGUUACAAGCUCAAGAUAGAAACAGGAUCUGCAGCAGCCAUCAAAAAAGUAUACUACAUUUUCACCGAUAAUGACCAAGCUGCUCUUGGAGAUCAAGAUAUUGAUGGUAAUAAUGAUAAAAUUAAGAAAUUCACAGAAGACCAAAUUACACGCAAGGAAGGAUACAUCACAGUAGAUGUUAGUGGUGUAAGUGGCGCUACAAGACAUUUACAUGUCGUCAUAGCAACUACUCAAACAGUAGAUCAAGUGACCACAGAUUUAAGAUCUGAUGAAUUCAAAAAGGAAAUCAAAAUUUAUCCAAAAAUCAGCGGUGCUUCAAUUGUCAAUACCGAUGAAGGUCAAGCAAGCAGAAUCGAGGAGGCAGGCAGUUACAAGCUCAAGAUAGAAACAGGAUCUGCAGCAGCCAUCAAAAAAGUAUACUACAUUUUCACCGAUAAUGACCAAGCUGCUCUUGGAGAUCAAGAUAUUGAUGGUAAUAAUGAUAAAAUUAAGAAAUUCACAGAAGACCAAAUUACACGCAAGGAAGGAUACAUCACAGUAGAUGUUAGUGGUGUAAGUGGCGCUACAAGACAUUUACAUGUCGUCAUAGCAACUACUCAAACAGUAGAUCAAGUGACCACAGAUUUAAGAUCUGAUGAAUUCAAAAAGGAAAUCAAAAUUUAUCCAAAAAUCAGCGGUGCUUCAAUUGUCAAUACCGAUGAAGGUCAAGCAAGCAGAAUCGAGGAGGCAGGCAGUUACAAGCUCAAGAUAGAAACAGGAUCUGCAGCAGCCAUCAAAAAAGUAUACUACAUUUUCACCGAUAAUAACCAAGCUGCUCUUGGAGAUCAAGAUAUUGAUGGUAAUAAUGAUAAAAUUAAGAAAUUCACAGAAGACCAAAUUACACGCAAGGAAGGAUACAUCACAGUAGAUGUUAGUGGUGUAAGUGGCGCUACAAGACAUUUACAUGUCGUCAUAGCAACUACUCAAACAGUAGAUCAAGUGACCACAGAUUUAAGAUCUGAUGAAUUCAAAAAGGAAAUCAAAAUUUAUCCAAAAAUCAGCGGUGCUUCAAUUGUCAAUACCGAUGAAGGUCAAGCAAGCAGAAUCGAGGAGGCAGGCAGUUACAAGCUCAAGAUAGAAACAGGAUCUGCAGCAGCCAUCAAAAAAGUAUACUACAUUUUCACCGAUAAUGACCAAGCUGCUCUUGGAGAUCAAGAUAUUGAUGGUAAUAAUGAUAAAAUUAAGAAAUUCACAGAAGACCAAAUUACACGCAAGGAAGGAUACAUCACAGUAGAUGUUAGUGGUGUAAGUGGCGCUACAAGACAUUUACAUGUCGUCAUAGCAACUACUCAAACAGUAGAUCAAGUGACCACAGAUUUAAGAUCUGAUGAAUUCAAAAAGGAAAUCAAAAUUUAUCCAAAAAUCAGCGGUGCUUCAAUUGUCAAUACCGAUGAAGGUCAAGCAAGCAGAAUCGAGGAGGCAGGCAGUUACAAGCUCAAGAUAGAAACAGGAUCUGCAGCAGCCAUCAAAAAAGUAUACUACAUUUUCACCGAUAAUGACCAAGCUGCUCUUGGAGAUCAAGAUAUUGAUGGUAAUAAUGAUAAAAUUAAGAAAUUCACAGAAGACCAAAUUACACGCAAGGAAGGAUACAUCACAGUAGAUGUUGGUGUAAGUGGCGCUACAAGACAUUUACAUGUCGUCAUAGCAACUACUCAAACAGUAGAUCAAGUGACCACAGAUUUAAGAUCUGAUGAAUUCAAAAAGGAAAUCAAAAUUUAUCCAAAAAUCAGCGGUGCUUCAAUUGUCAAUACCGAUGAAGGUCAAGCAAGCAGAAUCGAGGAGGCAGGCAGUUACAAGCUCAAGAUAGAAACAGGAUCUGCAGCAGCCAUCAAAAAAGUAUACUACAUUUUCACCGAUAAUAACCAAGCUGCUCUUGGAGAUCAAGAUAUUGAUGGUAAUAAUGAUAAAAUUAAGAAAUUCACAGAAGACCAAAUUACACGCAAGGAAGGAUACAUCACAGUAGAUGUUAGUGGUGUAAGUGGCGCUACAAGACAUUUACAUGUCGUCAUAGCAACUACUCAAACAGUAGAUCAAGUGACCACAGAUUUAAGAUCUGAGGAAUUCAUUAAAAUCAUAUUUGGCAAACAUGACAAUCCAACUAUUAAUUUAAUUCAAACUCCUGGAAAAGUUUAUUAUAAAAUUUCUGAUACAAUUGUCUUGCCAAUCACAAUCGAUUUUCCAAGUUCAAAUCAAGGAUAUUCGAUUCUUGCUGCUAGGCAGACUUCCAAACCAGAUUCUGUUUCUGGAUACAAUUUACAUGUUCAAUUUACUGAAAAUAAAUAUUCAAUGCAAAUUCCCGAUACAAUCAAAGCUUCCAACUAUGAUCCGAUAUUUGUUGCUUUAAUUUUUGAUCAUUCAAUUGUUUCUGAACAAAAAAUUGAUAAUAUUAUAAUUUGUGCCCCUCCAACCAUUUCAGAUUUUAAAGAUAUGAAUUCUGAUAAAAAUGUUAAAUAUUCAGCUGAUCAAUUAAUCAAUCUUUCAUUUAAAGCUGAUGUAGUAGAAGAUGAUGCCUCAAAGGCUUCUCCGAUGUAUCAAAUUAACUCUCAAACACCAGAACCUGCUUUGUUAACUAAGAAUGAUGAUGGAUUUUAUCAAUUUACAAUCAAAGCUCCAUCCGAAAUCCCUAAUAACCAACAAAUCACAGUCAAAUUAUCUAUUAAAGAUCCUGCUGGACAAAAAGCAGAAAAAGCAUUAAAGAUUGAUGUUAAACAGUCGCCAUACAUAACAGAAUCACCAGAUAAUUCUGAAGUUAAAGAAGCAUAUAAAGCAGAAGAGCCAAUCAUUGUUAUUAUUCAAUUCAAGCAUUUUGAGGAAAGGACAGGAAAAUUCGAAUAUAAAUUCUAUGAAGAUCAAAGUUAUAUUCCACUUCCUGAAAAGAAUGUUAAAGAAAUUUCUAGCGGUUCGAGUACAUCUUCUAAGAAGCUCCUAGCUGAUGAUGGCAAAACAUAUCAACUUACCAUACCAGCUCCUAAAAUCGAUGAAAUUAGAGAUUCAGAAGAAGCUAAGCUUCGGAUCAGAACUGCUCAAUCCGAUGAACAACCACCUUCAAAUGUCUUCUCUAAAGAGAUUAAACUUGAGAAGACAAAAUAUGUUUCAGGAGAACAACCAAAUCCAACAUCAUCUCCUUCUAAGGGAGGAUUAUCUGGCGGCCAAAUUGUAGGAAUUGUAUUUGCCGUUCUUCUUGGCAUUGUUAUUAUUGUACUUAUUGUCUAUUUCAUUUUCUGUAAGAAACCAUCAAAUGAUAGAUCUUCUUCUGAUAUGAAAGAAGAUUCUGGUUCUGGUGUAUAUGUUUAA